AAAUUUUGCCAAAAAUUUAAUCAAAGCCUCUUCGUUUCUCACGCCUCAACUGCGACGGUCGCUUCACCCCGCUACGCAUCCAGCAGCGUCUUCGCCGCCGGCGAAAGGGCCAUGAUCUACGUCGAUGGCCUUCCUCUUACGAGCACCGACCCUUCUUUUAAGGGUAGCGAGCUCUUAGUAUUUCUACUCGAACAUCCGACGCUGAUCGCUGCUUCAAAUCGCCUCAAGGCGAUGCCGGAGAAAGAUGUCCCGUUCUCUCCAGCGAAGUACUUGUAUGUGUUCCAGCGAGAGUAUGCGACCGUCGAUCCCUCACUCGUCGAGUUUGUGGGAACAGAUGAAGCAACAACUUGCGUCGGUCUGGUUAUAUGUAACCGGAAUACUAAAAUGAUCUCCAUUAGCCAUAUGGAUUUUGUAACAGUUGGUGACAUGGGCCUAACACAGAUGUUGUCUUUAGUUGUUGAUCAUGAUGUCGAUGCAGCUUUGGAUGUUCAUCUGAUCGGUAGCUUUGAGGAUAAACCUAUCCAACUGAUCAAUGGUAGCAAUCAAUCAGGAGGAAGAAAAAUCAUUCCAAGUGGUUAUUCAUUACCAUUAUGCUUGAAAAUUGUUGAAGCGUUGCAGCAUAGACGAGAAAAAUUUCAGCUCCAAACAUUUUGUGUUUUGUCACAUAACACCAAAAGAGACUUGAAUGGAAGUGCAAUGCCCAUCAUUAGUGGAUUUGUGGUUGAGACUUCUUCUGGAUCAGUAAUGCCUGCGUGCUUUGACAAAACUUCGAGAUGUCCAGAUGAAAUUGUUCGGAGGAUUCGGGUGACUGUCUCUUCUGAAGAUCCCUACUGGGAUGGGAAGUUACUGGAGACAUAUGACACGCUUUGUGAUAGAAUUGUGGUUGCACCUUGCACUUGGGUGCUAGAUUGGGGAAAGAUUGCUUUCUCUCUUCAACAGCUUUCUGAUUCUGAAAUUCUGAUGAGGUGUUCUACCUCUCCUGAUGCAGAAGCCCCUGAUUUUGUUGAGAAUGAAAGAAGAAUAUGGAGCUAUUUGAUAAAACACCCAGACUGGACACAUACUUUCCCAGGUCGGAAACCACGCAUAUUUGAGAGAAAUCCUACUGGAGGAUGGUCAAGGUGCAAAUAAUAAACAAAUAAUAUAUAUAUAUAUGCAUCUCCACUCUGUAUGGAAGCAACAGAUUAUUUGGUGGUAGACAAGAACUUGUUAGUUGUACCUGUUAAACAUUUACUAUUAUGGAAAACUAUUUAUAUUAUAGACCUAAAAUAGUAUAAUAUAUGUUUUUCAUA